AUGGACUGCCUGUUCGGCCUUGUGGGGGACGGCUUCACGCUGGUCGUGGCGGACACGUCAGCAAACCAGUCUAUCGUGAUUAAGAAAACGGAUGAGGAUAAGAUCAUGAUUCUCGACGAGACGAAAUUGCUUGCCACGUCAGGCGAGGCAGGCGACAGGGUGCAAUUCUCGGAGCUGAUUCAGAAGAACAUUCACCUGUACGCCUUCCGCAACAGCAUCUCGCUCUCCACCUCCGCUGCUGCCAACUUCACUCGCCUCGAGCUCGCCACUGCCCUGCGCUCACGGGGUUCUUACCAAACCAACAUGCUGCUGGCUGGAUUCGAUGAGGGAGUGGGGCCGUCGCUCUACUACCUUGACUACCUCGCCACGCUGCACAAAGUGAAGCACACUGCCAUCGGCUACUGCUCCUACUUCGUGCUCUCCAUCUUUGACAAGUACUACAAGGACAACAUGACCCUGGACGAGGCGCUAGAGGUGGUGGACCGCUGCAUUGCAGAGGUGCGCCUGCGCCUGCUCGUGUCGCCGCCCAACUUCCUCGUCAAGAUUGUCGACAAGGACGGAGCCAGGGAGCUGCUGUGGAGGAGAACGGUUCCCCCUCCCCCCGGGCCUGAGACGGCUGCGGCUGGCAGUGCUGCUGCUGCUGCUGGUGGUGGUGCUGUGGAAACCACGUCUGAUGCAGAUCGCCAUGCUCCCCGCGCAUAUGCACGUCCGGGGGGAAGCGCGGGGAGGAGGCGCACGGCGGCGGCGGUCUGGGGCCGCGGAGGCGGAGGCGGAGGCGGAAGGUUGCAGGACGACCCGCUGCUGAACGAUCUGGCGGAGUUCGUGCUGGAAACGGCGGAAAACAUUGCGAUUCAGGUGGAGGUGGAGCGCAAGGAGUAUGCAUGUGACUUGGUGACAGAAGUGGACAAGGAGUGCAAGCGAUACAUCACAAGCAUUGUGAAUUCCACCUUCCCUCUGCAUCGCAUCAUAGGCGAGGAGACAGCCACAGAGGAGGACAUGGCGUGGCAGUGCUGCUUCUCUUGGUCCACGUUCCCCUUGCAUCGAAUUAUAGGCGAGGAGACAGCCACAGAGGAGGACAUGGCGUGGCUGGAGCAGGGAGCCAACCCUGCUGCUGCUCCCGGUGGCGAUGGCAGUGCCGCUGCUGCUGCAAUGAACGAGUGGGUGUGGAUCGUGGACCCUAUCGACGGCACUCUCAACUUUGUGGGGGAGAUCCCUAUGUGCGCCGUGUCGCUGGGUGUGGCGCGGCAGGGGCGCCUAGAGGUGGGGGUGGUGUACAACCCCUUCAACAAUGAGCUCUUCAGCUGCCGCCGAGGGGAAGGUGCAUAUUUGAACGGCAACCGCAUUACUAUUCCAAACGAGCCUAUUGCUAUUGGUGAUGCCGCAAUUGGUGUGGGCUUCCCAUCCAACCCAGAGCAGCGGCAGCGAAUGAUAGAGGCAGUGGCGGCAGUGGCACCACACGCUAGGACCAUGAGGGCCUUUGGAUCCGCGGCUCUGCAUAUGAGCUACGUGGCAGCAGGUCGCCUGGGUGCUUUCUUUGAGGAAGACCUCAAGCCAUGGGAUGUGGCAGCAGCCCACCUCCUUGUACAGGAAGCGGGAGGAGUGGUAACCAGCAUGGCUGGAGAGCCACUCAAGCUGAGUGGGGGGUCUGUUUUGGCAACCAGUGGGGGUCAGCAGCUGCACUCACACAUCCUCUCACUCAUCGCUAAUGAGAAGGCAUGA